AUGUUCAAUAUAAAGUUAAUCAUCCUGGUUGCCCUGACCAUCUCCAUGGUGCAGAGCUGUUUCAUUGAGGAGCCCGAAGAGGUGCAGUGUGGAUGUGGCAAGCCCCAGUGCGUCUCCUGCGGAUCCAGGUCCAGCGGAUCCAGGUCCUGCGGAUGUGGAUGCAAUCCCUGUCGAUGUGCUUCCUCUUGUGGGUGUGGCUGCAAGGAUUAA